AUGCGCCGACGUCCAUCCCGCGCGCGCGCGCUCGCGGUGACGACGGCGACGAUCGUCUCCUGGGCGCUGACGUGCGAUGCGAAUCCAUCCUUCGUGCAGUGCGAUCGCACGACGCGCACGAACGGUGGCGACGUCGGCGAGGACGUGGCCACGAGGAACACCAUCAUGGGACAGAGCGUCAUCACCGCGACGUCGGGCGUGAUCGAUCUCGCGUCGGGAUCGGCGUCGACGUAUAACGCGAGCACGACGGUGACGUUCGAUCUGUCGGCGCUGAACGUGGGAGCGUUCGUGCACGCGAGCGGGGGGACGGUGAGCGGGCUCGGCUCGGCUUGGACGGCGCGAUCGGGAUGCGCGACGACGUCCGUGCAUUACACGCAGUCGAGCGGGACGUCGUACGGGGGGGUGACGUGGACGGCGCCGAGUGAUGUCUCGAAUCUGCCCACGGUGGAUAUUUGGGUCGGGAGCGCGGGUGGGAACAAUCAGGCGGUGACGCGACGGAAGCUCACGCUGACUCGAGACGGUAACUGGAACGCGCCGCCGCCGUCGACGCCGACGUGCGAUGCGUCGGCGGUACCGACGAACGGCGCCAGCGCCGGUGAUUGCACGGCCACGCUCGCGGCGGGCGCCACGUGCCAGCCGGUGUGUGCCAGCGGGUACACUGUCUCCGGGACGAGCGCGUGCAGCUCGAGCGGCGUACUGACGCCGGCGACGUGCACCGCGACGCCGGAUCCGACGUCGACGCCGACGUGCGAUGCGUCGGCAGUACCGAC